UUCAGCUCGUCUGAGCAGGCAGCUCUUCUUCUUCUUCUUCUCUCACUCUUUGUCGUCUUUCUCUCACAGUUUUUUGUGCAUUUGUUUUCUUCACCUUCACGUCUCGUGGCCCCUCAGCUCCUCUCACCUGUCUCACGUCCCCAUCUCUGUGUCUCUGUUCCAGAAGCCUCUCAUCGCUGCUGCUGCUCAUCCUCGCGUUUCCUCAGAACUGCUGUGGGAUUUUCUAAAGUUUUGCUUCAGUCGUCGUCAGCGUUGCAGGACCUUUGAUAUUUUUCUCCACACGUGAAGAAUGAGCUCAUACACCAUCACGCUGCCUGGCCCCGGGCCCUGGGGCUUCAGGAUGCAGGGAGGCAAGGACUUUAACAUGCCACUCACCAUCUCCAGGAUCAGUCCAGGCAGUAAAGCGGCGCAGGGAAACCUGAUCCAGGGAGACGUGAUCCUCGCCAUCGACGGCGUGAGCACUGAUGGAAUGACUCACCUGGAGGCCCAGAACAAGAUCAAGAUGGCCAACUACAACCUGGCGCUCACCAUGACCAAGUCGAAGCGUCCGAUUAUGAUGCCACCAUCGAGAAUGGACAUUGGCAUUCCCCUCAUCCGACACCCACAGGGUUUCUCUCCUGCUGCUGUUGCUCCUCCUCCUCCUCCUCCUGCCGGCUUCAACCCCGCUGUGCUGAAAGACCCCGCCCUCUCCUCCCAUAAGCCCAUUGAGGUGAAGGGUCCGGGCGGUAAAGCCACCAUCAUCCACGCCCAGUACAACACGCCCAUCAGCAUGUACUCACAGGACGCCAUUAUGGACACCAUCGCUGGACAGACACAGGUCAAGAGUCAUGAGGCUGGCGGUGUCAUAGUUAAAGAUCGUCCUGUAGACAGCGCCUCCCUCGUCUAUCAGGCCGUCCACAGCGCAGACAAGGACCCGGAUCUGGACGAGAGUGGACGCCGCAGCAUCAACAUGCAGUCCAAGUCCUUCCGGGUCCUGGCUCACAUCACUGGAACCGAGUCCGCAUCAGAGGAGAAGGAGGCGCUGAUAAACAGCAGCUCUACUGAGCAUGCUCCAACAUGUACUGGCUCCGCCUCCACUGCACCGCCCAUUAAUGUGCAGCCUCCGGAACUCGCCCCCUGUUUGCCCGACCCCGCCCCUCUCAGUCAGCACAUUCAAACUCCUGCCAUGCACCAGCCACCACAGGCCCCGCCUCCACAUCAGUACCAGCCACACCCACAACAGACCCCACCUCCACAUCAGUACCAGCCACCCCCACAACAGUACCAGCUGCCCCCCCAACAGUAUCAACCUCCUCCACAGCAGUACCAUCAGCCACAUGCCCCGCCCACUCAGCAGAGUUCCAUUCAGAUCCCAAUUGGCUCCGCCUCUUCGAAGGUGGUGAGCACCGCCUGCAUCUACCCCACCCAACCUGCUCCAGGUCCGGCUCCAGGUCCAGUGCCUCAGCCCCGCCCACCAGUUUCUGCCCCAGCCCCGCCCCCUCCCUCUGCUGUCACUGACUCCGCCUCUGGAAACCGACCGCCGUGGGUGAGCGACACAAACUUUGCAGAUAAAUUCGACCCCAGUAAAACCACCACCACCACCAUGAAGGUGCCGCCGCCACUACCCCAGGCCGCACCCCCUCCACCGGCUUACAUCCCCAACCCCUCCCCCGCUGGGCACCCCGCUCCUAACCCCGCCCCCAUCACUCCCAGCCCUGCCAACUUCCCUCCUGUGGCGAGGGGCGUGGCUCAGAGGGCAGAGAGAUUCGCUGCCAGCAGCCGCACACCUCUGUGCGGACACUGCAACAGCAUCAUCAGAGGACCGUUCCUGGUGGCGCUCGGUCGUUCGUGGCACCCGGAAGAGUUUAACUGUCACUACUGUCACAUGUCACUGGCUGACGUCAGCUUCGUGGAGGAGCAGAACAGCGUUUACUGUGAGAACUGCUACGAGGAGUUCUUCGCCCCGACCUGCGCUCGCUGUAACACCAAGGUCAUGGGGGAAGUGAUGCACGCUCUGCGCCAGACGUGGCACACGACCUGCUUCGUGUGCGCUGCCUGUGGACAAGCCUUCGGAAACAGUCUCUUCCACAUGGAGGACGGGGAGCCGUACUGUGAGAAAGAUUACGUCGCCCUCUUCAGCACUAAGUGUCACGGCUGUGACUUUCCUGUGGAAGCUGGUGAUAAGUUCAUCGAGGCUCUGGGUCACACCUGGCACGACACCUGCUUCAUCUGCGCCGUGUGUCACGUGAACCUGGAGGGUCAACCUUUCUACUCAAAGAAAGACAAACCUCUGUGUAAGAAACACGCUCACGCCAUCAACGUGUAAACACCUGUGGAUCGACACUGCCAACUGUAACGCAACAUCGAACACAAGCCCACGACUGUUCGCAGAUGCUCUUUUACAAAGAAUACUCUCUUUUUGUUGUUGCUGAAAACGAUGCUGCCUGAUGAUUCGGCUUCAAAGUCACAAAGUUUUAGCUCAUUUUAUUACGAACUGUAGUUUGUUUUUGGGUUUUUUGUUUCUUACCAGAAACAACCUGAUGUCCAUGCAGCGCUCAGUUCCUCAUGUACGGAGUCUCAAAACACCAACAGAAAUAUUAUAUUAAUCCAAUAUAUAAACUGAUGUAUAAUAUAAUAAUAAUGAAGACUAUUUACAUUUAACGUAAGUAAUAUUGCAACAAAAAACAAAUAUAAUCAAUAAACGAUAGUAGAUUCUAUAUAUCGUAGAUUCAUUCAUUUAAUUUAGACUAAAAUUAUUUUUGCAGACUCCGUACAUGAAACAGCACCGCUGUGGUUUUUGUCUUUGUCACAUCUCUGGCUUAUUUUGUGCCUAUUUUGAUUUUUUAAACUCAUUUAUAAACAAGAAUCUUUAACGUUUGGAAACAUGAUGUCUGUGUAGACUAGCUGAUUUUAACCCUAACCCUUUGUUGGUUGUUUUUUGCUUUGAAAGACAAAAUGGCUUCUGUUCUCAGUCUGAACAUGGACUGGGAGAUUGGACUGGGGUCUUGGACUUGGGUCUUGGACUGGGGUCUUGGACUUGGGUCUUGGACUAGGGUCUUGGACCGGGGUCUUGGACUUGGGUCUUGGACUUGGGUCUUGGACUGGGUCUUGGACUGGGUCAGACCUGGUGCUAGUCUGGAGUGAAGUGGUCUGACUGUAGCUAUGUGACUGGGAACUGAAGAAGAAGAAGAAACCUUUUAUGUGACGUGUUUGUAGAAGUGAGUGAAAGAAAGGGGGCGGGGCUACAGGGUUUGACAACAUGAAAGGAGCUAGCCAUAUUUGAAACAUGUCUGUAUGGUUGAACUCAUUGAAUUUGAUUGUUUUCAGGUUGAUUUUGUAGGAUUUAUUUUUCAGGAAGUUUUCAAAAACUAUAAACGUUUUAUUUUUACACUAAACCCCCCAAAACUGAAAUGUAUCUGUUGCCACAUCACGAUAUUAACUCUGAUAAUAAUGUAAAUUAUUUUCCUAAUAAUUAUAAUUUCAACGCGAUGGUUGAAAUACCCGGCUCCAGCUCCAGCUCCAGUUCACUGACAAUGCCCUGUUUUUCUCCACAGUGCAACAACAAAUCGGCUUGAAUUUCAUAUUUAUUGACUGUUUUUGAUGGCGUGAUAUUUAUUAACAAGCUAAUGUAUUGUCACUGCUGCGCUCAGUGGUCAUCACACUAUUAUUAUUAUUAUUAUAAUUAUUAUUAGUUUGUCUUUGUUUGGCCUCACAUUUAGAUUUUUUUUCUAACUACACUGUAAAUGUUGUCAACUGUUACAACUACAUUUGUUUUUUAAUCACACUCUUUUCACCUGCUGCCUUUGGGACAAUGAUUUUUUUUUAUUUAUAACAAAGAUUGACCACAAAAAAAUUAUAAAAUAUCUGUAUACAUGUUGUAGAGCCAAUAUAAAUGAUCAAUAAUAAUCAUUAGGUUUAUUUUUGACAAAAUGUGACAUCUCAAACCUUUUAAAGACAAUAUUUAAGAUUUCUCUCGUACAAAGUGUAAAGUCUUUUUAGAAUUGAAGUAAUAUUGUAUUUAAUUUGUAAUUUCACAGUUAUAAAUACACAGUUUUAACUGAUGUGUGAGGUCAGUACAAGGUUUUGCAGCGUGAAUAGAGCCUCAGAUUCACUUUAGACAAUAGUUUGUGCAAGAAAAUGUAAACGUUUGUCAUCAACAUCUGUUUUGUGCCUUAAAGAAAUAGUUCUGGUAUUAUUUUGAAGUGUGGUUGUAUGUGGUACUGACAGUCCUGUGAGCGCCCCCUGUGUCUGAAUGCUAAAUGACACCAGCAGGCAGCUCUGAGUGAAAACAUGGCUGUCAGCAGAGAUGCGAGGAAAAACAGAUUUUAGCCACCAAAGUCCAUAGAGAAAACCAG